UUUAGCAUAUGUCAAACGUUUUGUUUACAACCGGUCUAAAAAGAUCGUGAAAAAAGUAAAAAUUUUAAAGAAAAUUAAGAGAAAAGUAGUUUAUACCUUAAAAUAAGAUGUCCGACAAUGAAUAUGAACGUUUUGAAAUAACUGACUACGAUUUGGAUAAUGAAUUCAAUCCGAAUAGGCCAAGGAAAAAGCAAACCAAACAGCAGCAAAUUUAUGGCAUUUGGGCUGAUGAUAGCGAAAAUGAGGAAGAAGAAUCGUCCGGACGUCGGCGUGGUGGACGCAAAGGCCGCAUGGGUUUGGGUUCCUCCGGCAGUCGCAGUAAAGAUUACACUGCCCCAGUAAGUUUUGUGGCAGGAGGCAUACAGCAGUCGGGCAAGAAAAAAGAUAAAAUUAAGGAUGAGCAUGAUAUUAAGGAAGAGGAUGAAGAAAAUCCCAUAACAGAUGAGGAAGAUGAGUUCAGUGCUCAUCCUGGCUUUGGCACGGGAGGCAGGCCUACUUUAAUGGAUGUAGAUUCAGCUCACACAAGUGAUGAGUCAGAAGAGGAGGUGGAUGUAAGAAAACCCCAACCGGCUAAACAGAAACCUUCAUAUUUUAAAGCCAAUCAAGCGGGUAACUCAAAUGUAGGAGCCUGGGAACAACAUACGAGGGGUAUAGGUGCCAAAUUGUUGUUGCAGAUGGGUUAUAAACCAGGCAUGGGUUUGGGUAAAGAUCUACAGGGCAUAUCCCAACCUGUGGAGGCUCACGUACGUAAGGGCAGAGGAGCCAUAGGAGCUUAUGGCCCUGAAACGUCGGCCAGUGUGGGUGGUAAAGGGCAUAAACCCCAAAUUGAUGAAGAUGUCCGAGAAGCCAAGGAGUUCAAAGAAAAACUGAACAAAUGGAAAAAGGCAGGUGAUUCUAAACAAGACAAGGCCUCUAAGCGUUAUUAUUACAAAUCCGUGGAGGAGGUUUUGGAAAAAGGCAAAAGUUCGAAUUACAUUAUCAGCGAUAAAAUAAGCAAAAAACUGGGAAAUGUCCCUGUUAUCGACAUGACCGGUCCUGAAAAACGUGUCCUUAGUGGCUAUCAUGCCAUUGGUCAAUCUAAAGUAGCCGAUGAAGAUCUAUAUGACCUAAACGAACAGCCGAAAAAAUCUGCUACAGCAUUUGCUUUACCCGAACUUAUGCAUAAUCUUACGCUCAUAGUAAACAUGUGUGAACAGGAUAUUAUAUCUCUGGACUCAGCACAAAAUGCUGCUAAUGAAAGACAAGUGGCCCUGGAACAGGAAAAGAAACAGCUAGAGGAAAUAGUCAAUUUGGAAAGUAAUCACAUUAGCACCCUAGAUAAGGUACUCUCUUUGGUGGAUGAGUUAACCAGCAAUGAAUCGGAUUUAAAUUUAGAAAGAGCUGAAAAAAUCUUUGUAGAACUGCAGCAGGAUUAUGCUGCUGAAUACAAACAGUUUGGUUUGGGCGAUUUGGCGGCAGGCAUUAUAGCACCUUUGUUGAAAAAUCAUUUAAGCGAAUGGAAGCCUUUAGAAAAUCCCACUUUAUAUGUGGAAUUAAUUAAAAAAUGGCGUUCUAUUUUGGAAAGUUCAAAUGAUACACAAAACGAAACACGUUCGAAUAUAUUUGAUCCUUAUUCAUCCCUGGUAUGGGCGGGGGUAAUACCUAGUUUUCGUUCUUGUGCUGAAUUUUGGGAUCCUAAACAUCAUCAGUCUAUGGCGGCUUUGCUAGACUGUUGGGCUCCUCUAUUUCCAACUUGGAUAUUGGAUUCUGUUCUAGAACAGUUGAUAUUGCCGCGUUUGAGUACUGCGGUACGUAAUUGGGAUCCACUUACUGAUACUGUGCCCAUACACAUAUGGAUUUUACCUUGGAAUACUAUUUUGGGUCAUAAAAUGGAGGAAUUUAUAUUCCCCACCAUACGUGAAAAAUUGGGCAAUGCUUUGCAGGCCUGGAUGCCUCAAGAUCGUUCGGCUCGUGCCAUGUUGACACCCUGGAAGGGAGCCUUUGAUGACAGUGAAAUGCAAGUUUUCCUAUUGCAGCAUAUUAUACCCAAAUUACAAUUGGUUUUAACGGAAUUUGUUAUAAAUCCUUUGCAGCAGGAUUUGGAACCCUGGAAUCAAGUUUGGGAAUGGCAUGAACUCAUACCCUCCAUACAAAUGGCACAACUUUUAGAUAAAUUUUUCUUUCCCAAAUGGAUGCAGGUUUUGGUUUUAUGGCUCAAUCAGUCGCCCGACUAUGGGGAAAUAUCACGCUGGUAUAGCGGCUGGAAAAGUAUGUUUUCGGAGGAAAUUUUAAGGGAGCCCAAUAUCAAAGAACAUUUGCGUCGAGCCCUAGAGAUUAUGCAUCGUGCUACAGAUCAGUUAUCAACAGCUACUCCCUUAGCAGGUGCUUCAAAUAUAGGAGCCAAUAUAAAGGCUACUCCAGUACCACCUCCACCUCAGCCACCACCACCUCCUCCUUCGCUAAUAGAUCUACAAGUACCCGCUCCUGCUCAAUUAGACUUUAAAGAAUUGGUUUCCCGCAAAUGUGCUGAAAGAGGUGUACUAUUUGCUCCUCUACCCGGACGAAGGGAGUUGGGCAAACAAAUCUAUCGUGUGGGCAAAUUGUACUGUUACAUAGAUCGUAAUGUUUGUAUGCUGAGUGAUGGAACAUUUAAGAACUGGUUACCCACACCUUUGCAGCCCAUGAUAGAGCGGGCUAUAACGGGGAUUUUAAAUUAAGGGGGAGGCAAAAGUCAAAAAUAAAUUAUUUCAAAUAA